AUGGUGCCAGCGGACAAGCGGCUCGAGAUGCCGCCCAUCUUCCGCGGCUACGACUUCACGGGAUCGCUCCGUCCUGCGUACGUCACCCCUCAAGUCAAGGUCCCUCCUCACAUCGCCCAGCCGGACUAUGCGGAGAAGUCGAUCCCGUUAGGAGAAAUCGAGGCGAAGAGGAGCACGUUGGUGGACGUGAAGGAGGGCGACUCUAUCGAGGGGAUGAGACUGGCUGGAAGGCUCGGAAGAGAGGUGCUAGACAUUGCGGCAAGGUUCCUCCGAGCUGGAGUGACAGGGGAUGAGAUCGACCGCAUCGUUCACGCGGCAUGCAUGGAACGCAACUGCUACCCCUCCCCCUUGAACUACCAUCAGUUCCCCAAGUCCGUCUGCGUUAGCCCCAAUGAGGUUAUCUGCCAUGGAAUUCCAGACUGCAGGCCCAUCCAGGAUGGAGACAUUGUCAACCUGGACGUGACGGUCUGUGUGGAGUACAAGGGCAAACUGUAUCAUGGAGAUCUCAACGAGACCUAUUUGAUUGGGAAGUGCGAUGAAGAAAGUGUGAAGCUAGUGAAGACAGCCUACGACUGCUUGAAGGCAGCAUGCGAGAUGAUCCGUCCUGGCACCAUGUAUCGCGAUCUCGGCGCCACAAUCUCACACGUUGCUGCUGCCAACGGGUGUGCCGUCGUGAAAGGAUACUGCGGUCACGGUAUUGGGAACCUCUUCCACACGACACCAAACAUCCCUCACUACAAGAAGAACAAGGCUGUCGGUAUCAUGAAGGCUGGUCAUACCUUCACGAUCGAGCCGAUGAUCAACUUGGGAUCGAACUGGCAAGAUACCUCAUGGCCGGAUGGAUGGACAGCCGUAACACGAGAUGGAAAGAGGUCUGCUCAGUUUGAGCACACCUUCCUGGUCACAGAGACUGGCGUCGAGAUCCUCACAGCGAGGCAGGGGAAGUCUACGACUGAGAUGGUGUGGGAUCUUGCUGCGAUCCAACGAUGA